UCAAUUUCGUUAUUGAUCGAAUCGGUUGAAAUUUGGUGUGCGAUCAUCACUCACCAAACUUAACAACCCCUAAGAAAUUUCAAUCUAUGGGACAUGGUGGGCCUCCAACAUCAGGGGACCCCCCAAAAAAUCCUCAGUUACGAGCAUGGUCGGACCAAGGACUACAUCUGCUAGGCCCUCCAUCUGAUUUUCAAAGUCCUGGACAGUGGGACGCUUUUCAUCCAUUGUGGGCUCGUGUUGCAGUUGACAUCCGAGAAUUCAGUGUAAUCCGGCAAUGCCGCGUCGUACCUUUGACUUGUAUCCAUGUUUCUUUUUUUUGUUUAUUUAGCGGGAAAAGUGUAUCAAGAAAACACAUUAAAAUCCUCUUUAUUUAGUGGGAAUAUUUUGGUUAAAACUUGUUGUGCUACUUUGGGGUGGAAUCAAGGAAACUACAUGUAGUAAACGGUAUGGUGACUUACAACAACAAAGUAAUCUGACUGUCAAAAACAAAACAACCGAUGAUCUAGAAAACCAAAUUAAAAAACAAGGCGAAGAUGAUGAGAAAAUUGAUGAUGUUGAAAACCACAGUAAAGUACAAAUCAAAGAAAACGAGCAGACUAUUCAUGAAACUGAAAUGGUUCAUCAGUGCAACUUAUGUAGGGAAAAUUUUAAGUCAUGCGAUGAGUUAGAGAAACACUGUGAAAUACAUUUUGAAGAAGCAACAAUUGAAGAUAUUGAAACUAUUCAUCAGUGUAAAUUAUGUGAGGAAGAUUUCAAAUCUUACUCUGAUUUAGAAGAACAUUGUGAAAUACAUUUUAAACAAGAGGAGGAGAAUGAUUUAAUCCAACAAAAUAAGAUUGGGACAAAACUUCUUUACUUGACAGAGAAACAGAAAUACCAGAAAACAAUGACACAUGGGAACUUAUUAAAUGUAAUGUUUGUAGUCUUAUCAUUUAUUCAUAAAGAUCAUCUAAAAGAGCAUAUGAGAACACAUGGGUCCAAACCUUAUAAAUGUGAUAUUUGUAGUAAAUCAUUUAGAAAGUCCUAUUUACUGAAAGAACACGGUAAAAUACAUAAUGCAGAAAAAUCCUUUAAAUGUGAUGCUUGUCGUAAAUCAUUUACACGUAAAACAACUUUGAUUGCACAUGCUAAAGGUCACACUGGAGAGAACAUACAUAAAUGUUCACUUUGUAGUAAAUCAUACACACACAAAGCUAGUUUAAGAGCCCAUGUUAAAACUCAUUCUGGUGAAAAGAAUUUUAAAUGUGAUGUUUGUGGUAAAUCAUUUUAUGAAUCUGGUGACUUAAAAAAACACAUGAGAUUCCAUACAGGAGAAAAACUUUUUAAAUGUAAUUUGUGUAUUAAAUCAUUUACUUUCAAUUCUCAUCUUCAAAUCCACAAGCGAAGUGAUACAGGAGAAAGCCCAUUUGUCUGUGAUAUAUGUGGUAAAUCAUUUACUGAUAACAGUAAUCUACAUAGACAUAUAAAAAAUCAUUCUCGUAUCAAACCUUAUAUUUGUGAAAUAUGUAGCAAAUCUUUUUCCCAAAAUUGUAGUCUUCAGGAGCAUCAAAAAUUACAUGCAAGACAAACAAAUGUUUAGUUUUGAUUGUGUUCCAAAUUAUUUAUAAAAAAAUUUACAGAUGAAAAAAAAGUUAACAAUUUGAUUAAAUCAUUUGUUGACAUAAGUAAAUCAAAUCAUGUUGGAUUGUCAGAUGUUUCCCCUUGUCAGAAUUACAGGUACCCUGACAGUUAGAAAUAAACGUAGGCUGCAACAGCACUGUCCAAGAAAAUUAAUGAGAGAGAGAGAGAGAGAGAGAGAGAAAUGAAUUAUAACAUCCACUCAACACAAAUUAGGUCAUUUCUGGACUAAUGCAUGUUCCAAUUUUAUUUGCAUAAUUCACUUGCGCAUAGCAUUGGGACAAAACCAUAUAUCCCAUAGAAAAUACCUGAAGAUAGGCAUGUGACCCUACUCCUUGUCACAUACAAGCUUGAGAUCGAAACCAUGCAACUUGACUACCCAACCCCAAUCCCCAAGCAAAGUGUACUAUGAGGGAAAUCUUGCUCGGUAAUGAAACAGGGUUUAAUGUCCUUCUUUGCUCCAUCCGGGCUAAUGAAUAUGUGCAUUUUGCCCGUACAGCGGUGCUACAACCUAGUCUUAUAUCAUAUUGGACUGCCAGGGUUUCUUGACUUCUGUACUGGACAUUGGUGUUUAUAAGAUGAACAUUAAGGAACAAGAAGGUACAUAUUGUUGAAUUAAAUCGGAUAAAUAGGAUGGUGCCAAUGAAUCGUUUAAACAAUUAAAAGUGAUUGUGUUAAUUUUUAAAUUGACAGAUGGUUUGGUGAGUGAUACAAUAUGCUUUAUUCUGGAUUUUCUGCAGCUGAUUUACAAGAGUUUUAGGAAGAGAACACAAUAAUGAAUUACAAUAAUCUAAAGAUGACAUAACAAAAUCAGUUAUUAACAUUUUGGUGGCAUAAAGGUCAAUAUAGGAUCGAAUGUUAUACAGAUGAAAGUUUGCCCUUUUGCACAGCCUGGAUACAUGGGUUUUCAUAUCAAGGAAAGAGUCAAAAGAACACACCAAGAUUUCUGACACAGUUGGAUGGGGUUAUGGCAGUGCUUCCAGUAGUCACAUGGUUGAUGUCAAUGUUCUUUUUAUUCCCGAUUAUUAUAUUUUCUGGUUUUUUCAUCAUUCAGUUUCAAAAAGUUGUAGUGCAUCCAGAUUCUAAUUUGUUCAAUACAUGCUUCAAGUUCUGGUGUAGUGAUGUCUGGC